AUGAAAUAUGGGAAAGCGAUUGAGCUGAAUCCCGAAUACGAACAGGCCAUGAAUAAUUUGGCUAACAUCUUCGAAGCGCAAGGGAGAUAUGCGGAAGCGGUCGAAUUGUUACGCAGGGCUACAAAGAUUCGCCCUCAUUUCGCGACAGCUUGGAUGAAUCUGGGGAUUGCCGAGAUGAAAAUGGCCAAUUUCAAGUUGGGAACUUGUUAUGGCCAAUUGAAUCGAUUUGAAGAGGGAGAAUAUCAUAUAAGAAAAGCCAUCCAUGUCGACCUCCAUAAUAAAAUGUAUCAUUCCAAUUUGCAAGUGCUUUACGAGCGGCGUCGUCUUUUUUCCAGCAAAAAUUCCACCCAACGGAAUACGCGACGCUACAACACACCCCUCCGAAAAUUGGGCACAAAUAUUACCGGUCGAUUA